CCGGUCCCAGUUUGCUCUCGGUGAGGAAGACCGCCGGUUCCAAAAGGGAAACGAUGAACCUCAUUCAUUUCAUUGCUGUUUUCUGCCUUUCCGAAACGUGGUCUCUUCCAAUCCAGCCAUUGCAAAGCAAAUGGAGUGGAAAUCAUUUGAACCAAUAUUCACUAAAUGACAACUCCACACAUUUUAACCCACUUGGAAUUAGUGAAUUGUCUUCAGAAAGUUAUACCAAUUGCGGUUCCCAUGAAAAAGGGCUGGCGGCCGAUAUUAUAAAAGCAAACUCAAAACCCGACGAUGUCGAUGUGGAUGAAGUUUAUCUGAGCUCCGAAAUACAUGAAACCCGUUUGCCUGUUAGUGACAUCCAAGAACAAACCACGGAGACUGAUACCACAGAAAAUGAGAGCACGGAGGAAUACACUACGGAGAAAGUUGUCACAGGAAAAGAUUCAACUGAAGAAAAUCAGUUGAUCAAUUUCCUAGAAUAUUUAAGACUUUUGUUUAACAAGACCGAUAGUAAUGAUACUGGACUAAGUUCGCUAGAAGUCACAAAUGAUCUAGAUACAGAAAAUAUUUAUAGAACCAAAGACCAUUCAUCUGAAGAUAAUGAUAGUAAUAGACAAAAUGACCCAGAAUAUGGAAUCUUAGAAGCAUCUAAAACAGAAAAUUCUGAUGAAACAGCUGAAACUAGCGACAUCAGCAAUGAAAAAGACCAUUAUCACGCCGCUGCAUCUACGAUUAAAAAAAUUAUCGUUUCUAAUGGAAACUCUGUCAAAAACGAAGAGAAAUCUGAAGAACUAAAUUCUGCAAGCUCACAAGUUGAUAAGGACGAUGGGAAAGAAAAAACAGAGAGUAAUGAGAAUGUUGAGUCUUCUAAAAAAGAGGAGACACAACAGAGAUCCGAAGAAGAUAAUUUAGAGAAUUCUAACCAAAAAGAAGAAUUGAAUUCUCAUCACAGUGUUGACAACUCUGAAGAAAAAAAGAAUAAUUUUGAAAUCGAUAGUUUAGUCGCUUCAAAAGAAAAGAAUUCUAACGAAUUGACUGAAAGUAGAGACAAUAGUGAACAAAACGAUGACCUUACAGAAAAUGAAGAGCCAGUUGAUUCUUCAAAAAAAGAAGAAACAUCAAAUUCUCAGCAUAGCGCUGAAACAUCUGAUGAAGUAACAACAUCUGAUUAUGAAAGCAUGAUCAAAGGAAAUUCUGCUGAAUCUGCUGGUAUGGCCAAAACAAGCAACCCGAAUUAUACAAGCGAAGAAAAAGUUCAAUAUGAUAUUGCAGUAUCCACGAAUGUAUUAUUAAAUGAAGGCGAUCUUGGAAACAACACCCAAAACGAAGAGAGUUAUUUAAAUAAUAAAAACAUAAACGAAGUAAGCAAAACUUAUGAUCUAUCAAAAGAAGAAGAAUCAUCUCGGCCUGAAGAUGGCAAUACUGCUUCAGAACAUACUAACAAAACAGAAGAAUUAAAUUCUUAUUACAUAUCUGAAUACCCUAAAGAAAAAACAGAUCUUGAAAUUAAUAGCUUAGUCAUUUCAGAAAGUUCUGAUCAAUCGACUAGUCUGGACGAAAAUUCUGGCAACGAAAGUAAACAGGAAAAUAGCUAUAGUGAAUUAAAGGAAAAGAAUUCUCAUGAAGUUAAUAAAGAAGAAGACCAUUAUGCCACAGCAGCAUCUACAAAUGUAUUAAAUAAUGCUAUUUCUAGUGAAAACGAUAGUACAAAUAAUAAAGAGGAUUUACACGAAGAACAAAAAUUUUCAAGCUCACAAGAUGAUGGAGAAAGUAAAGCUAAUUUUGAUUCUCCUGAAGAAGAAACCCCACACGAAUCCACAGAAGAAAAUAGUAUAGAGCAUUAUAACAGAAAGGAAGAGUUAAAUUCCUAUAAGAGUGUUGAAACCUCUCAAGAAAAGAAUAAUUUAGAGACUGCCAAUAGUGAUAUUCAUCAAUACGAUCAAUAUUAUUCAACAUCAAGGACAAGCCAUAACACAGAAAAUCAAGAGAAAGAUUUACCCGACGAAUAUUAUUCUGAAAGCUCCAAAAAUGGUUACAUGGACGAUACAGGAAAAAACGAGGAAAGUACAAAUGUUUCGAGCGAUUUAAAGGAGGAGAAUUCCAUUGUGAUAGUAAACACCAAAGAUAACAGCGAAGAAAAUUACCAUUACGACACAGCAGCAUCUUCAAACGUACUAAUCGUCCAUAAAGGAGAAAACGAACAUAAAUCCGCAAGCUCACAAGAAGCAAAUACGAAUGAUGAUUCUUUGAAAGAAGAACAGACACAGCAUGGCUCUGAAGAAGGGUACAAUCACUAUGGCAUAACAUCACAUGAAAACGAUAGCACAAAACGUGGAGACGAUCAAAAUAAAUGCGCAAACACGCAUGACAAGAACAAGGACGCUGAAGAUUCUUUAAUUUCUGGAUCUGAAGAUGGAUACGUUCCCUAUGGUACAAGUUGUAAUGACAACGAUACCACAGAGGAUGAAGAUGAUCAGAAUACGUUGUCUGCAAACUCACAAGAUGAAAACUCGGGCUACGAAGAUGAAACAAGAGAAUGCAAAGAGAAUGUUGAUAGUUCGAAUGAAGAAGAGACACAACAUGGAUCUGAAGAAGGAUACCAUAAAUCUAGCUCAAUUUCUAUUGAAAACACCGAUGAUAAAGACAAUCAACAAAGCCCUAGCUCACAAGAUGAAAACAAGGACAGUAAAGACGAAAAAAUAAAGAGUAAAGAAAACAUUGAUUCUUUGAAAGAAGAAGAACCACAAAGAUCCGAAGAAGGAAACAGUAUAAAGUAUUCUAACGAAAAGGUAGAAGAAUUAAAUUUUGAUCACUUUGGAAACUCUCAAGAAAAAAGGGGUGAAUUUGAAAUCCAUAGUUUAGUCACGUCAAGAGAAAUGAAUGUUUACAGUAGUAGCAAUAACCUGCAAAACGAUGACCCUAAAUCUAGUAAAAAAGAAAAUGAAACGCCUGUUGAUUCUUCAAAAGAAGAACAGGUGUCAGAAAACUCUGUAGAAGAAAAUGAUAGUACAGACGAUACGGAAGGAACACAACAUAGAUUUGAAGAAGACACUUCUAAUAAAAACUAUAACACCAAUAGUGAAAAUAAUAACGCUAGCAUUAGCAGGGAGCCUAUAAACGAAGGGACAUCUCAGAAAACUCAAGUUCAUGACAGUAUCGAAACAGAAGAAUCAAAUUCCAAUCACAACGAUGGUAAGUCUCAUGAAAAAAUGGAUUUUCAGAUCGUUUCAAAAGAUUCCAAUCAUAUUGAAACUGUUGCAUCUGCAAGUAAAUUAAACGUUGCCGCUAUUACAAACACCAAUGAUAACAAUUCAGAAGGUUCUCACAAUAAACAGGAAAUUAGCCUGGAUUUUUUAAAAGAGGAUAAUCGUGAGAAGGAUUACAGCCAUGCUGCGUCCAACAACGAACUCGUCACAGUGAUGUAUGUGGCAGAAAAUAAAGAAAUUAUUUCUGACGAUACCGACUCGUAUCAAACCACACAGGAAUUAAACUCAACCGAAGAAAUAGAAAGCUGGAGUCCCGACGAACUGACAGUCAAGGAAAAUACGGAAGAAAACAAAGAAGGAACUAGCACUGAAUAUACGAAAGAGGAUUUCAACGAAAACGAAUCUGUGACAGAAGAUGAAACAAAUGAGGCGGAGUCAUCUGGAUCCUUCAGUUUUGCCAUUCCAAGGCAGAACUAUUUUUCAUUUACAUUCCCGGACCGGAGAAGGUAGCGAUUAAUACAAACAAUUAGUGAAUAAAUUUUACCGAGAUAAUGAUUAAACUAAACAUGCACAAGUACGAUAUCAGCUAUUCUGUACAAAAUAUAUACAAUCUGUCGUAAUUAAUUUAAAUAUUUCGUACAAAAUUAAGGAGGUUUUGUAUUUAAAACAAAAAAUCAAUAUAGGCCGUUAUUCCUUCAUCCUCCUUCCCACUGUUAAAAUUAUUAUACCUUGUUAAUUAAAAACAUUGAAAUUAUAUGUAAAUAAAAAAUUGUACAAUUUUAAA